AUGCAGGCCUGGGACACUAUGAUGGUGACCCUGGCCAUGCUGAUGCCUGCCACUGUGGAUGCCAAGAUCUUCGAACGCUGCGACCUGGCAAUGAAGCUGGAGGAGGCGGGCCUCAAUGGCUUCAAGGGCUACACCAUUGGAGACUGGAUGUGCAUGGCACACUAUGAAAGUGGCUUUGACACCUCCUUCGUGGACCACAAUCCUGAUGGCAGCAGUUCUUAUGGCAUUUUCCAGCUGAACUCCGCCUGGUGGUGUGACAAUGGUGUUACACCUACCCAGAACCUCUGUCACAUGGAGUGUCAUGAACUGUUCAACCGCCAUAUUCUGGAUGACAUCAUGUGUGCCAAGCAGAUAGUGUCCUCACAAAAUGGUAUGAAUACCUGGGAUUCUUGGAGCCAGCACUGUUCUGGCCAUGAUUUAUCUGAAUGGCUCAAGGGGUGUCAUAUGUAUGCAAAACCUUACACAACAGAAAUUAAUUCAUGA